AUGAACGGGGCUGACCCCCCCGAAAGCAACAGGUUUCGGUUACUCGAUCCUGACCUGCAACGCCCGAAGAAAAGACCAGAAUUCAACGACUUUGUGCCCCUUCCUGUGCCAAAACAAAACGACGAUCACAUUCCUCGAUUCCUAGUCGCAAGCGCUAUCGGACCACUUGUUGACGAUAAAAUUCGUCCACUAUCAUCAUAUAAUGUCUUCCAAAUAGAAAGAGGCUUAAGACACAUUUGCGCCGAUAACAUCGUUGUUACGGAAUUAAGAUCAGGUGACCUGCUUCUCAAGGUCGAAAAUACCAAAUCAGCCGAAAAGUUCCUUAAAGCAACCCACAUAGGCAUCAUUCCUACAAAGAUUACAUCGCACAAAGGUUUAAACACAACGCAAGGCAGAAUUAUUUCCAGAAACCUCAUCAACCUCUCUGAAAUAGAAUUAACUGAAGGAUUGAUAGACCAAAAAGUGAUCGAAGUUAAAAAAAUCAUGCGUAAAGAAGGGGACAAACUAAUUUCUACGGGUGCUGCAAUCGUGACGUUCGAUCUUAUCCGGAGACCUGAAUUCAUUAAAUUAGGUUGGGAAAGGGUCCGUGUGCUAGAACACAUCCCUAAUCCGAUGCGAUGCAAAACGUGCCAAAGGCUAGGCCACACAAAAAACAGAUGUCGCAACAUUGAGGUAUGUAGCCAGUGCGCCACUCCACCGCCACAUCUUCCAUGCCCUAGACUAUUUUGUGUGAAUUGUCAAGCAGAGACACAUUCGUCCAACGAUCCUUGCUGUCCCACUUUUUUGAAACACAAAUCCGUUAACAAAAUAAAAAUAGAGCGGCGAUGCACUAUUAGAGAAGCGUGGAAAACUUAUAAUAGCAACCCUAACGCAUACCAAAUUCAACCCCCCCAAAAAAAUAUAACGUCUUCAUCCUUUGCACAAAUUGUAAAAAACACAACAACGGUCGAGAAAACAACAGUAAACAAACCAAAUAACUCGCAAACAAAUACGGCACAUAAAGCCAACGAAGAAGAUACAAACAAAAAUGCAACAGCUAAUAUCAGCGCAGCCAAGAAAACAACAUCCAACAACAUACCCAAAUCCCAGCAGACUAACAAUACAACAACACCAGUAAGUCCACAAACACCAACUAAUUCGUGCACAACAACUAAUUCGUGUGCACUAGAAAUACCGACGACCAGCAGGUAUACAGCAACUAUCGCUAGCCCACUCACACCCACACGCUCCAGUCCAAUUAACAGCGACAACGAGUUGACACCUUUUAGUCAACUACAAGCAAAAUUCCCCGACAUAAACGUUCUCAUAACACCAAACACAUACAAAAACUCUUUACCUGUACAAAAUACAAACAAUUAUUUAGAUAAGUCAUAA